UUUAAAUACUCCGUAUAAAAAAUACGGGAUGAAGUAGCUGUAGCUCCGACCAAUAACCAGUCCACCCCCCAAAACGCUAAUCCUCAACUAGUCCAUCAUCUUCCCGGCGAAACCACCAAUCCACCAUGGAAGUGAAUUCCUUUUCUAAAUUGAAUACUGAAGGAUGAAAUUCUGCAAGAGUUAUGAAAAUUACAUGAAGCAAUUUGGGAAGAAGACACUUCCUGGGAUUGGAUACAGAAAGCUAAAGAAACUUAUCAACAAGUGUAGGACUCAUAAUAUUCAGUCCUUUGAUGAAGCUGUUAUUAGUCCCCCUGGUUGUUCAGUGUGUGAUGGGAAUUUCUUCCCUUCCCUAUUUGACGAAAUGUUAGCUGUGGUUGAUUGUUUUGACAAAGAGGCUCAGAAGUUGCUUGAUCCACCAUUGUCAUGCCCAUGGAGAAUUUGGGUAUACUUCUGCUUUGACUGCUCAAAAAAUGAGGCAAAAGAUCAUGUUUUGAUAAAAGAAGGUCAAGAACUGCUUAUUUAUGCCAUGUUUAAUGCCAUUGCAUUUCGCAAAAUCCUUAAAAAGUACGACAAGGUUCAUAAAUGUGAAAAAGGGCGAGAAUUUAAAUCAGGUGCCCAAACUAAGCACAUCGAGGUCCUUCAAUCUCCUUGGUUCUACGAGCUAAUGUCUUUUCAGAUCAACUCGAGGGACAGAAAACUCAAAGCAACAAGCAAAGAUGCAUCAUUGUUUGAAGGGUUGGACCUCAUUUUUAAUAAUGACAAUCCUUCUAUGAGUUGUGAACUCUUUGAUUCAUUCAGGAUCGAUGUGGAGUUAAUCUGUCCUAUUUGUUUGGAUAUAGUAUUUGACGCAGUGGCUCUAAGAUGUGGGCAUAUCUUAUGCUAUAUGUGUGCUUGCUCUGCUGCUUCAGUGAAUAUAGUUGACGGAUUGAAAGCAGCUACUCCAAAUCAGAAGUGUCCUUUAUGUCGAGAGGUUAGGGUGUAUGGUGAUGCUACACGCUUAGAAGAACUCAACAUUCUGUUAAGCAAAAGAUGUCCAGAGUAUUGGGGAAAACGGCUCGAAUCAGAGAGAGUAGAGCGGCUUCGGCUAGUGAAGGAGCAUUGGCAGUCACAAUUGCAUGGUCUGAUGACAGUUUGAGCUUCUUGUUGUUAAAAUUGGCUUUAUGGUGAAAGUGGCAGGACAAGAUCAUCUGUUUUUGUAUUUUGUACACAUUAAAUGUAAGAGAGCCCUCUGUUUUAUAACCUUUGUAAAGUGUUUCGAAGAUGCUAAUUUCACAUACUAUGUAACACAAAGUACUAACUUUGCAUAUAUUUAAAUCAAAUUUGACAUAUAA